UAUGUAGGUCUUUGAAUCCUCGCAAAUGACAUGGUUCGUGAUAAUCAGUGGCUGAGCUCAGCCGUAAACCCCCUGUUCUACACUUGGCGGGCUCCCUCAUCGCAACACGCGCCAUAUUUGAGGCAUCUUGCCUGCAGCGACAAGAUUGACUCUCCUCUCGUCAUUUUCAAUUCAUUAUCAGUUUCGUUCCAUUUCGCCACCAGUCUUGGAAGAGACUUUUUCAUCUCUCCACUCACAAUUGCCUCCAAGACCGUGCUUCAAGAGUAGACAAUUCGCACAAUGAGACUCUUGAAUGCCCACACUCGUCAAAUCCACGAGUUCAUCUCCUCCUAUGAUGUCGAGGAUUUCGCCAUAGUAUCUCACACAUGGGGGAAGGAAGAAAUAUCACUACAAGACUGGCAAAACUUGUCUCCGGCCGAGCUUGAAUUGAGAGAGGGUUAUGCCAAGAUAUGUCAUUGUUGCCAACAAGCGAUCGAGGAUGGUUACGAUUGGGUGUGGUUGGAUACCUGCUGCAUCGACAAGACAAGCAGUUCUGAGCUUUCAGAGGCUAUCAACUCAAUGUUUCGCUGGUACCAAGAUGCCAGCAUUUGUUACGCAUAUUUGGCAGAUGUUGCCGACGACACCACUGAAGACUCUCUUCUCACGGCCCUGUCACACAGUCGGUGGUUUACAAGGGGCUGGACUCUUCAAGAAUUGCUCGCGCCGAAAGACAUCGUCUUCUUCUCCAAGAACUGGAAGAAGUUGACCACGAAAUUGACAUCAUUGGAAACCUUAUCCACUGUUACAGGCAUAGAAAAGAUAUACCUCGAGGGUGAGCCUCUUGAGGAUGCCAGCGCAGCGCAGAAGAUGUCAUGGGCUGCAUCUCGACAAACUUCUCGUAUCGAAGAUAUUGCCUAUUGCUUGCUUGGAAUUUUCGACGUCAAUAUGCCUCUUAUAUACGGCGAAGGGAAGAAGGCUUUCAAACGGCUCCAAGAAGAAAUCAUGAAAGCCAAUCCUGAAGACCACACCUUGUUUGCGUGGGGAACAGUUGUCGAGAAUCUCACAGACAUACCCUAUUUAAUAACCGAUGAAGCAGAAGCCUCUAAACUGGACGACAUACCCUGGGAUGCUUCAAAGCUUACACCUGCCCUUUCAGGUUUGCUUGCGGAGUCUCCAGCAGACUUCAAAAAUUCGGGCGGCUUCAGGACUUCCAACAUCGCAAACAAAUUCUACAAACACGCGCCUCGCGGUAUCAUUACAUCCCUCCCACAAAUCCAAGCUCAGAUGAUCCGAAUCCAACUGCCAGUCAAAUACGACCUAUAUCAAUCAACUGUCUAUUGGGACCAGCCCCAGAUUGCGACGCUACGUCUCCUCUCAGUAGCGAUUCUGCUCUGUUAUAAUGAGAAGACACCUGGCUAUCUCCCAGCAAUAUUCCUUCGUAGCUGCAGCGAGAGGUCUUCGUUUAAUCGUACACGGGAAUUUUGCGAUCGAUACAUUAAGAUGCCAAUCUCUGUCCGGCCGGCGCUAUUCAAUCACCGCAACAUGCUAAACAUUGGGCCUCAACGAUUGAUACGAAUCCAAUCUGGCGAUAUUAUGCUGCGGCGGUAUAUCUGGGGUAAAAACACGGAGACCAUUGGGUGGCGAAGCCUAUCUGAGGGUCAGACUAUUCCCGAGGGCGUCAUAAAGAUGCGCGGUGAGAAGAAUGGCGCGAUUUGUCUCUUGUAUAACCGAAAUUGCGUUGUUUCAUGCCGACACGCAUUCGGCGUGAAGUUCGAGCGAGUAGAAGUGAACGGCGAAGAUGGGGCGGGUAUAGCCGUUUCUGUGAUUCCGAUGGACAACGGGCCUCCAGAGGGAACCAAGUUCGAGCCUAUCUCGCCGGAUUUCGACAUCAAAUGGAAUACUCGCGGUCAAUGCAUACGAGCCGAUAUUCUUCCCGGAUUCAGGAAGGUCCUAGCAAUGCCAUCCGAUACCGUCGACUUUGAUAUUCUCCCAUUUCCCGUCAUCACGUUCAAGGCUGAACGACUUCCAUUGAGCGGAAAAGGCUACGCAGCCGAUGCCUAUGUCGAUGUGCUGGACUUUGUGAUAGAAGAACGGAUGCUGCCUUACUAUCCUAACAGCGGCCAUGAAAAUCCCGACAAGAAGCACAGAUGAAAAAAGAGACAUUCAAGCUUAUUAUUCGAGUCUUAAUAUGUCGAACAUUCCAGAUGUGACGAGACGGUUAUCUAUGCCAUGACGUGUGCCUCUCUGUUCAGUAUUGGAGGUCUUCGGCUUUUCGCCGAUCAAUGCCUAUUUGAUAUCUGGCCAUAUUGGUGAGUUGU